UCCGCUCGGCCUCCGCACCGGCAGCGGUGCGCUGGGCCUGGCCCGGGCUGAGAGCGGCGGGGGGACAGCAGCACUGCCCGGCGUGUGCCAGGCGGCUUGGGCCCGCUUCACCAUGGCGGCGCCGGCGUCCUCGGCCCCGCCGAAGAAGAUCGUGGCGCCCACUGUGUCGCAGAUCAACGCGGAGUACGUGACCCAGUUAGCAAAUAAAUACUGGGCUCCACACGUGAAGAAAAAAUUGUCUUUUGAUUCAAAGGUUAUUGAAGAUGUAUAUACAAAAGAAAUUGUCAAGUCAAAGUUUGCUAUUAGAAAGAUAAUGCUUCUUGAAUUCAGCCAGUACCUUGAAAAUUACCUAUGGAUGAAUUAUUCUCCAGAGGUGUCCAGUAAGGCAUAUUUAAUGUCAAUCUGCUGUAUGGUGAAUGAGAAGUUCAGAGAGAAUGUCCCUGCGUGGGAGACAUUCAAAAAAAAACCAGAACACUUUCCCUUCUUUUUCAAAUGCAUAUUGGAAGCAUCGCUGGUUGAAAAUGACACUGAAUACUCUCUGCAUGAACAGACUGUUCUGCUGCUUUUCCUUGAUCACUGCUUCAAUAGUUUGGAGGUGGAUUUGAUCAGAAGUCAGGUGCAGCAGCUCAUUUCCUUACCAAUGUGGAUGGCUCUACAACCUAAACGGCUAGAACAAGAGCUGAAAAAGACACCAAAACUAAGAAAAUUCUGGAAUCUAAUUAAGAAAAAUGAUGAGAAAAUGGAUGAGGAGACAAGAAUGCGAGCAUAUCGGGAGAGAAGAUUUCUUUCACAGCUCAUUCAGAAAUUCAUUUCUGUGCUAAAAUCAAUACCUGUCUCAGGUCCUAUUUCUAUGGAUAAAGUUCAUUAUUGUGAGAGAUUCAUUGAACUCAUGCUAGAUCUUGAGGCUUUGCUUCCCACACGGCGCUGGUUUAAUACAGUGCUGGAUGACUCCCAUCUUGUUGUUCACUGUUACCUGUCCAGUCUUGCUAAAAGAGAGAAGGAGGGUCAUCUCUUCUGCCAGCUUUUAGAUAUGCUUAAAUUCUACACUGGCUUUGAAAUCAAUGAUCAGACUGGAAAUGCUUUGACAGAGAAUGAGAUGACAACAAUUCACUAUGACAGAAUUACUUCUUUACAGAGAGCAGCCUUUGCCCAUUUCCCAGAGUUAUAUGACUUUGCACUCUCAAACGUAGCUGCAGUAGAUACUCGUGAUUCACUGGUGAAGUUAUUUGGACCCCUUAGCUCGAACGUUCUCCACCAGGUGGCGUCAUACCUCUGCCUCCUGCCGCCCCUGCCCGAGGGGCAGGACUCGAGCCAUGAAAAGGAGUUUCUGCUGGAGUUGCUGGUUUCCCGUCAUGAGCGACGAAUAUCUCAAAUUCAGCAACUCAACCAGAUGCCCCUCUAUCCCACAGAGAAGAUUAUUUGGGAUGAAAAUAUUGUACCAACGGAAUAUUAUUCUGGAGAAGGCUGUCUUGCACUUCCCAAAUUGAAUCUACAGUUUCUGACUCUUCAUGACUACCUGCUGAGGAACUUCAAUCUGUUCCGCUUAGAGUCUACCUACGAGAUCAGACAGGACAUUGAAGAUAGUGUCAGUAGGAUGAAACCAUGGUUAUCGGAAUACGGAGGUGUGGUCUUUGGUGGAUGGGCUAGGAUGGCGCAACCCAUUGUCUCUUUCACAGUGGUGGAGGUGGCAAAGCCCAAUAUUGGUGAAAACUGGCCCAUGCGAGUACGAGCAGAUGUUACAAUUAAUUUAAAUGUCCGAGAUAACAUCAAAGAUGAAUGGGAAGGUCUGCGUAAACAUGAUGUCUGCUUCUUGAUUACGGUACGUCCCACACAACCUUAUGGCACCAAGUUUGACCGACGACGACCUUUUGUUGAGCAGACUGGCCUGGUGUAUGUCAGAGGCUGUGAAAUCCAGGGCAUGUUGGAUGAAAAAGGACGUGUUAUUGAAGAAGGACCUGAACCCAAACCAAGACUUAAAGGGGAUUGCAGAACAUACAGAGUAUUUCUGGACCCAAAUCAGUAUCAACAAGACAUGACCAAUACAAUCCAAAAUGGAGCAGAAGAUGUUUAUGAGACAUUUAAUAUAAUAAUGAGAAGAAAACCAAAAGAGAACAAUUUCAAGGCUGUUCUGGAGACUAUUAGAAAUUUGAUGAACACAGACUGUGUGGUUCCUGACUGGCUGCAUGACAUCAUUCUCGGAUAUGGAGACCCAAGUAGUGCGCACUAUUCGAAAAUGCCAAAUCAGAUUGCAACUCUGGAUUUUAAUGAUACUUUCCUGUCCAUUGACCACUUAAAGGCUAGCUUUCCUGGAUACAAUAUUAAAGUGACUGUUGACAAUCCAGUUCUGCAAAUACCCCCCUUCAGGAUAACUUUCCCAAUAAAGGGAGGUAAAGGAAAGAAAAGAAAAGAGGAUGGGAAUGAAGAAAAACCUGAAGAAGCUAAAACACUGAUUGUAGAGCCUCAUGUCAUUCCAAACAGGGGACCAUAUCCAUAUAAUCAACCAAAACGCAAUACUAUUCAAUUUACCCAUACUCAGAUUGAAGCUAUACGUGCGGGAAUGCAGCCUGGGCUAACUAUGGUAGUAGGACCACCUGGUACUGGAAAAACUGAUGUAGCAGUCCAGAUAAUAUCCAAUCUUUAUCAUAAUUUCCCAGAACAACGAACUCUUAUAGUUACCCACUCUAAUCAGGCCUUGAACCAGCUGUUUGAAAAAAUCAUGGCUCUAGACAUUGAUGAGCGUCACCUCCUGCGUCUGGGUCAUGGAGAAGAGGAAUUAGAGACAGAGAAAGACUUCAGCAGGUAUGGAAGAGUUAAUUAUGUGCUGGCUCGAAGACUUGAACUUCUACGAGAAGUUGGGCGAUUGCAAGAGAGUCUUGGAGUUCCAGGAGAUGUUUCUUACACUUGUGAAACAGCUGGCCAUUUUUUCUUAUACCAAGUAAUGUCUCGUUGGGAGGAGUAUAUCAGCAAAGUGAAAGUUAAAGGUGGAAAACUGCCAGAUGUUACAGAUGUCUCCAGUUUCUUUCCUUUUCACCAGUAUUUUGCAAAUGCUCCUCAACCAAUUUUCAAAGGCAGAUCCUAUGAAGAAGAUAUGGAAAUUGCUGAAGGGUGUUUUAGACAUGUUAAGAAAAUAUUCACUCAGCUUGAGGAAUUCAGAGCAUUUGAACUUCUCCGCAGUGGCCUGGAUAGAUCCAAAUACCUGUUGGUGAAAGAAGCAAAAAUCAUUGCCAUGACUUGUACUCAUGCUGCUCUGAAACGACAUGACCUGGUUGAAUUAGGUUUCAAAUAUGACAACAUCUUAAUGGAAGAGUCUGCUCAGAUUCUGGAGAUAGAAACCUUUAUACCUCUCCUGUUGCAGAACCCCCAGGAUGGAUUCAGUCGUUUGAAGCGGUGGAUUAUGAUUGGUGACCAUCAUCAGUUGCCACCAGUCAUUAAGAACAUGGCUUUUCAAAAAUACUCCAACAUGGAGCAGUCCCUUUUUACACGGUUUGUUCGUGUUGGAGUGCCAACUGUUGAUUUGGAUGCACAAGGAAGAGCAAGAGCAAGUUUAUGUAACCUCUACAACUGGCGUUACAAGAAUCUGGGUAACCUGCCUCAUGUACAGCUUCUGCCGGAAUUCAGAACAGCCAACGCUGGGUUUUUGUAUGACUUCCAGCUUAUAAACGUAGAAGACUUCAAUGGUGUGGGAGAGUCUGAACCUAAUCCUUAUUUCUAUCAGAAUCUUGGCGAAGCAGAGUAUGUUGUAGCACUCUUCAUGUAUAUGUGCCUGCUUGGUUAUCCUGCAGACAGGAUAAGUAUCCUGACAACCUACAAUGGACAGAAACACCUGAUCCGUGAUGUCAUUAAUCAGCGGUGUGGAAAUAAUCCACUGAUUGGACGGCCAAACAAGGUAACAACUGUGGACAGAUUUCAAGGUCAACAAAAUGAUUAUAUUCUCCUUUCACUAGUGCGUACCAAAGCUGUAGGCCACCUUAGGGAUGUGCGACGAUUAGUUGUAGCCAUGUCAAGAGCCAGGCUCGGGCUUUAUAUCUUUGCAAGGGUAUCGUUGUUUCAGAACUGUUUUGAGCUAACUCCAGCUUUCAGCCAACUCACAGCUCGACCACUUCACCUCCAUAUUGUUCCCACCGAAUGUUUUCCAACGGCAAGACAGAAUGGAGAAAGACCAGCUCACCAAAUACAUGUUAUUAAGAAUAUGCCUCAAAUGGCUAAUUUUGUGUACAAUAUGUAUAUGCACAUGAUACAGAGUACACGCCACUAUCAACAGCGUUUACUGCCCCCACCUGCCAUGAUUGAAGAACCAGAAACUACUCAAACUCAAGAGACUGAAGUAGAAGGUGAAGUGCAAGGCAUGCAGGAAGAUGCUGAAGAAGAAGAAAAUAAGGUGGGGGAAGAAAUGGUGAAGGAAGGAGAAUUGAAAGUGGCCGAAGUGGAUGAACAUCGAACAAUGCCAGAACACCCUGGAAGAGACAGUGAUAGUGGAGACAGUGAACCUGAGAAUGAGACUGAAAAGUGAUCCACGGGAUAUUUGUCAUCUACAUGUUUUGGAAAACAGACAGGGAAAAAAGCAAUUAGAAAUAUAAUUGCUAUUUUUACAGUGACUUUUUUAAAUGGUUGCUUGUGUAAUGUGACCCAUUGGGUAUAUUUUUCACUGACUACUUUGUGGACAAGCAAAAUAUUUGGCAAACUUUACUGAGUUCUUGUCAGUAUCAGUAAUGUAAUUUGUUUAAUGGUCUCAAAUGAUACACAAUUUCCUUUUCAUAAGUUGUUCAGUAAAGAUACUUUUUAUACUAGUUUUGAAUAUUUGACCUUUAAUUUAGUCACGCGAGUUGUCCAUUAAACCUCACUGAUUAAGUAUAUUCAGUAUUGAUCAGACACUCUUCAUAGUUUCCUUAAUAUUUUGCAGUGGAGAAUUCCUGAUGCAGAGCUGUGCUCAUAUACACUGAGAUGGUAUUUUAUUUAGGCUUAGGCUGAAGUUCAGAAAGAUACUUAAUUGUAUGUCUGAGAAAUGUGAAUUAUCAUGAGAGUUUGAAAUAUUUAAAAGCUUUAUUGAAUUGGGAUCUUGGCAGGUUCUCAGAGUUUCAUACGGCCCAGGUACUUGUAGCAAUUUCUCAUUGUUGACUUCUGAUGCUGUUUUUAAUUGAGCAUUAUUUACAGAAGUAAGGAUGCAGCUUUU